CCGCUCCGCCCGCAGCCCCCGCUCCGCCCGCGCGCUCCCGGGCGCGCUCCCGGCCCGCCUCAGCCGCCCCGGAGGAGCAACAUGACAUCCAGGAGAUGGUUUCACCCAAAUAUCACCGGAGUGGAGGCAGAGAAUUUACUGCUGACGAGAGGAGUUGAUGGCAGUUUCUUGGCUAGGCCCAGUAAGAGUAAUCCAGGAGACUUCACACUUUCCGUUAGGCGAAAUGGAGCCGUCACCCACAUCAAAAUUCAAAAUACUGGGGAUUACUACGAUCUCUAUGGAGGAGAGAAGUUUGCCACGCUGGCUGAAUUAGUGCAGUACUAUAUGGAACAUCAUGGGCAGUUGAAAGAGAAGAAUGGAGAUGUGAUCGAGCUCAAGUAUCCACUGAACUGUGCAGAUCCUACCUCGGAAAGGUGGUUCCAUGGGCACCUCUCUGGGAAGGAAGCAGAGAAACUAUUAACUGAGAAAGGAAAGCAUGGAAGCUUCCUUGUUCGAGAAAGCCAGAGCCAUCCGGGAGACUUUGUUCUCUCCGUCCGCACGGGGGAUGAUAAAGGAGAGAGUAAUGAUGGCAAAUCUAAAGUGACUCAUGUCAUGAUUCGCUGUCAGGAUCUGAAGUAUGAUGUUGGAGGAGGAGAGAAGUUUGACUCUUUGACAGAUCUCGUGGAACAUUAUAAGAAGAAUCCGAUGGUUGAGACUUUGGGCACGGUACUUCAGCUGAAGCAGCCUCUGAAUACAACCCGUAUAAAUGCCGCGGAGAUCGAAAGCCGUGUGAGAGAACUGAGCAAGUUGGCCGAGACCACAGAUAAAGUCAAGCAAGGUUUUUGGGAAGAAUUUGAGACUUUACAGCAACAGGAAUGCAAGCUUCUCUACAGCCGAAAAGAGGGCCAACGGCAAGAAAACAAAAACAAAAACAGAUACAAAAACAUUUUACCCUUUGAUCAUACCAGAGUCGUCCUACAUGACGGUGAUCCCAAUGAGCCAGUGUCAGAUUACAUUAAUGCCAAUAUUAUAAUGCCUGAAUUUGAAACCAAGUGCAACAACACAAAACCCAAAAAGAGUUAUAUCGCGACCCAAGGUUGUCUUCAGAACACAGUGAAUGAUUUUUGGAGAAUGGUGUUCCAGGAGAAUUCUCGAGUUAUUGUCAUGACAACGAAAGAAGUUGAAAGAGGGAAGAGUAAAUGUGUCAAAUACUGGCCGGAUGAAUACGCGUUAAAGGAAUACGGAGUCAUGCGAGUCAGGAACGUCAAAGAGAGCGCAGCUCAUGAUUAUACCUUACGAGAGCUUAAACUCUCAAAGGUUGGACAAGGGAACACAGAAAGGACAGUUUGGCAAUAUCAUUUUAGAACCUGGCCCGAUCACGGAGUCCCUAGCGAUCCUGGUGGUGUUCUGGACUUUUUAGAGGAGGUCCACCACAAGCAGGAGAACAUCACCGACGCCGGGCCUGUGGUGGUACAUUGCAGUGCUGGAAUCGGCCGGACGGGAACGUUCAUCGUGAUUGAUAUCCUUAUUGACAUCAUCAGAGAGAAAGGGGUGGACUGUGACAUCGACGUUCCCAAGACCAUCCAGAUGGUGAGAUCUCAGAGGUCAGGGAUGGUCCAGACGGAAGCACAGUACCGAUUCAUAUACAUGGCCGUGCAGCACUACAUUGAAACACUACAGCGCAGAAUUGAAGAGGAACAGAAAAGCAAGAGAAAAGGACACGAGUACACAAAUAUUAAGUAUUCCCUAGCGGACCAGACGAGUGGAGAUCAGCCCCUUCCACCCUGCACACCAACUCCAACCUGCCCAGAAAUGAGAGACGAUAGCGCCAGAGUAUAUGAAAAUGUGGGCUUGAUGCAGCAGCAGAAAAGCUUUAGAUGAGAAGACAUGCCAAAACUUCACUGGAGAGACAGAAAUGAGUAUUCUUUUUCAAAGCAUACGAAAAACCUAAAAGGUCAAGAAAGAUACAAGAAAUUGCAAGUGAAGAGUGAAUUUGGAAGGUCUGAUAACUUUGCAUUGUGGUUGUUUACCUUUCAAUAAGUAAAUUAAAAACCAUUUAAGAUCACUGUACUCUUUCUCAACAAUAUCUGAUUUGCAGUUGCUCAGUUUUCAAAUAAGUCGUUUCUACAAUGUGGACAAUUAUAUUUGGUAGAGUUUUGUUUGAAAAUCUAGGAAGCUAUUAAACUGUUGUUUCCGUAUUUUACAGAUAAAGUUUCAAAAUCAUUAUUUUGAAUUUUCCUUCUGUAUCUGAACAUAUUCCCUUUUCUCUCUUUUCUGUGGGAGGGGUGAAGGUGCACUUAUUAAAGGAGGGUUGAUGUGAGGGAAUCUGACAACAGUAGCUAGUACUAAGGGGAACAAUUUUUUUUUUUUAACUAAAAUUCAUCAAACAGCAGUGGAUAAAACCAUAUUCACAGGAUCUUUUAUCAGCCAAACGAUAUCAAGUCCAAAUCAUUUCAAACCUGGUCUGAGGCACAGUUUUGUACAUUUUCCUUUUUUCAAUUGGCCAGUUUAGAAAUGAUGAAGACUUGUGUGAUGGACAUUGUAGAUAUCAGUGGUAUUUAUUGAGCGCUUACUGUGUGCAGAGCACUGUACUAAGCGCUUGGGGGAAUAUAGUUAGAACAGUGUUGGUAGAUACGUUCUCUGCCCACUUCUAGCUUACAGUCUGAAGAUACGAAGUUGUUUUUCUUGUCAGCAGGUUAUUUUCAGUUGUUAUUCAGUUAAAUUAUUGAGGAAACGUGCAAACUUUUCUUGAAAAUGCAGAUAACCCUUACUUAAGGUACAGAUCACAACCGUGCAGAUAAGAAGCAGCUAAAAGGGAAGGUCAGGGCAAAUAUUUUGCCAGAAUAUUUAUUUUUUGCUGAGGGUCAGACGUUGAGAUUGAAGAAUCCUGUAGUAAACUUCACAGUGAUUCACAGUCGAUCAGUCGGGGUAUUGAGCGCUUACUGUGUGGAGGACACUGUACUAAGCGCUCGGGAGUACAGUACAAUAGAGUUGGUAGACCUUAUCCCGGCCCACAGAGAGUUUACAGGCUGGGGGGAGCCAGACUUUAAAAUAAAUUACGGAUUGGGAAAAUGACCAUCUGUUUCACAAACUGACACAAUAAACUGCCAUGCAGCUGCUUAGUGGGGCAUAUCAUUUUUCCUUAAUUUACCAUGUUUUAUGAUUUUCAACAGGGCCUUACACUCCUGGAUGACCUCUGUACCCUUGAAUUAGGAAAUAAGAUUCGUUUAAGGAAAGGACCUGAUCUGCCUGGGUGAGGUGGGGUCCAGGAGUAAGGCAGAAGUUAAUCCAUUUGCAUUGGGCGGGAUUAUUAGAAUAAGCUUGUUUUAUUUUGAGCAGGUAUUUAGUAACGUUCUACCUUAAGUGCCUUUCGAAAAACCACAUCCUCUUUGCUGUUUGUGUUUAAUCAUCCUUUUAAUGUGUUGAAUUUAGUUUAAAAUAUUUUUGUCCUUUUUUAAAAAAAGAAAAAGAAAAAAAACCCCAACUGAGCAUCCUAUAGCGAUGUCAUGAUCUUUACUCAGGUUCCUUUAUCUGUGGCUGUAUUUCAGUUCUUGGACUCUUGUAGAGAAGUCUUGACCUCCCACUAGUUUCAGUGGAAGUUUAAAGCCUGUUUAUUGAUGAGAGUAGGCCCCAAAUCACUAUCAGAAGAGUUUCCUUCACCAGAGGUGUUGAAUUGGAGCAAUUUUAUGUUGUGCUCCUCAAAGGCAGUUUUGGAGGUGCUUUUCCCAACCUUUUUCCAUACAGAAUACGAAUUAUAAACCAUAAAGAACCAUUUUACUGUAGGUAGAAUGCACGUGCAGGAUGAGUAUUAAUUUUAUGGUAGAGAAAUGUUGAAUUCAAGGGCUAGGGUAUAAGGCCACCUUACGAAUGGAGUUGAGCCUAGAGUAUGGGACAUUCCGGGACCUCGACAGAGCGUCCUUUUUGGGAAUUCCUGUAUUUUGCAUUUUGGUGAUUUAAGUAAACUCCUCCCCUUUUUAUCCUAUCAUUUCUUUAAAAAAAAAAAAAAGGUCUCUCUAUCUCUCUUUUUUUUUUUGUGGUUACUAUAAUUUUUAACUCCUGACUUUGGGACUGUGUAUUUUUGGGCAAACUUUUGUCACCAGCAUACCAUUGUAUUUGUACAUGGAUUUUAUUGUACAAAUAUAUUUGUUGUAAUAAUGUCAAUGUCAGUAGUGUAGAUUCAUUAGUAUUUGCACUCUUUAUACCUGAAAUGCCUGUAAUUUAACAGAGUGGAAGUCUGUCUCGGUUUACUUCAUUUACAGGACGUAUCUGCUCUAGUGCUCGAUUUACAUUAAACUUUCGUAAAGAGUAGCAUACCGGGUUCUCGUCAAGCCGUGUGGAAAAACAAGAAUCACGAGGCUUAGUUUUGCUAGAUUCAAAUGAAGAUUCUCUCAAAAGUGGGCAUCGUUCUCCUCAGUUAGGUAGGCCCCUUUUUAGAGCGCCGGAGAGAAGUGGAGCCGAAGCUGCCGUAUAAAGUUGUAGUGGCUGCCCUGCUGGGGAGGAGUCCUUUGACCCACCCAGGAAAGUCCAGGAGCUAUCCCCUCACCCCAGGAUUUGGGAUUUUUUAAACAACAGAAAUGGAAAUCUAGAGGAGGCAUUUACGAGGAAGCCACAGGCUGGGGCGAAAGAGAUUACCGACUGGGCAGACAGGAAUGAGAGACUUGGAUUACCUGGAUUCAUCAGGGUAUAGUUUCACGUAUUCAGUCGAGCCAACGAGCGUCUAGUCGUGCAGUCGAUUGCAUUACAUCUGCCCAUCGUCCAAACGGUAGCCAUCUUUUUUGAAGUCAUGGACCUGAGAUGUUGUGUUUGGAGCUGAGGAACUGCGUUUCUACAGACUCUGAGCCCCGAACUGCUCUUUGGUUUUCGUCUGGGUUUGGCCCUGCCAAGAACCAGGAUGACCUCUCAAGUUAAAACCGUGGCCUAGCAGAUAGACUUAGAAGAAGGGGAAGAUUGAGAGGAGGAGGAGGUUGGGAUGGGUAUCCGGUGUUUAUUCAUUAUUGGUUGGAUCCUGCAAUAAGUUUUAGAUGGGCAUUGGUACAAGCCGGGAAUGACUGUCAAAUUUCUUCCCAUUUAUUAUCGCAGUGGCGUUUUAAAAAAACAGUUUAAAGUCACGAGUCAUUUCUGUUGGUCGAAUGGGAAAAGCGAUGGAAUGCUCGGCCAGGGACAGUUUUACAGCAAGGGAAAUUUUAAGAGCGCAGCUCCUGAGGUAAAGUAUUUUCGGCCUAUGUGGACCUCAGGCAGUUUUCAUUUAUGGGCUGUUUUUAGGUCUCUGAUUUGGGUGUUAUUUUAUAACUUGCUAGCUCAGCCAUUAAUUUUGACCAAAACUUUGAUUUUCCCCUUUUGAGAUUUGUGCAUUCAAAAUAUAGUUACUUACUUAACUGUAUUCUCACUAAAAAAUUGGUUCCCUUUGAUUUUGGACAGAUUGCACAUGACAAAAUAUUGAGCGGUCGGUAUUAGCGUCUUUCUUAGCUUUUAUUGGAAACUAAUUUUGAAGUUACCGUUCUAAACUGCAAAACAUGUAAUUAUUAAUUUUGCCUUUUAUUUAUGACUCUGUGAUUCUUAUUACUAAAGGCUAAUGAAAAAGGAUCCUUUAUUAAGCUGACUAGACCUACAUUUAAUUUUCCUGCAAUGUAUGAAGUAUUGUACCAGAGUAUAAAUGUAAUAUUUUAUUGAAAAUCUAUCCUUUAAAAGGAAUAAGUUUUAGGAUGCCAUCAAUUUGAUGUGAAAUCAUGUAAAUGUUAAUAUGCGCUGUGUUUAUGAUACAUUUAGUGUUUCAAGAGACUCACUUAUUGCCUUUUUGCCCACGUACAUUAUGUAGUCCAUUUGCAACUGUCAAAAAGUGACUUUAAAAGAAUAGUUUAUGUAUAGAAACCUUUAGUGGAUGUUAAUUGUUUCCCCGCCUGUAUUUAUGGGUGUUUAGUUUAGUUGCUUUGCUGUUGGCAAGGCUGUAUUAUAAGAGUAAAAAGCAUAUUUGUAAACUGUAUCAGAACUAAAAAUUAGGAAUAAAAUCAUUUUCUUAAA